AUGAGUAUACCGAUGAGAGAUCCAGUAAUCCCUGGGACAAGCAUGGCUUAUCAUCCCUUUUUACCUCACCGGGCACCGGACUUUGCCAUGAGCGCAGUACUGGGACACCAACCUCCCUUCUUCCCGGCGCUUGCUUUGCCUCCCAAUGGAGCGGCUGCCCUCUCCCUUCCCGGGGCUCUGGCCAAACCGAUUAUGGAUCAAUUAGUCGGGGCGGCUGAGACUGGCAUUCCCUUUUCUUCCCUGGGUCACCAGGCGGCAGCUCAUCUGAGGCCUCUCAAAACCCUGGAGCCAGAGGAAGAGGUGGAAGAUGACCCCAAAGUGCAUCUGGAAGCCAAAGAACUUUGGGAACAAUUCCACAAAAGGGGCACAGAAAUGGUGAUCACUAAAUCAGGAAGGAGAAUGUUUCCUCCAUUUAAAGUGAGAUGCACGGGGCUGGAUAAAAAGGCCAAGUACAUUUUAUUGAUGGAUAUUGUGGCGGCUGAUGAUUGUAGAUAUAAAUUCCAUAAUUCCCGGUGGAUGGUAGCCGGCAAAGCUGACCCUGAAAUGCCAAAGAGAAUGUACAUCCACCCGGACAGUCCGGCUACAGGAGAACAAUGGAUGUCCAAAGUCGUCACUUUCCACAAACUUAAACUGACUAACAAUAUUUCUGACAAGCAUGGAUUUGUAAGUUCCUUGACAAUUUUAAACUCCAUGCACAAAUACCAACCGAGGUUCCAUAUUGUCCGAGCCAAUGACAUACUGAAGCUGCCCUACAGUACGUUCAGAACCUAUGUAUUCCCCGAAACUGAAUUCAUCGCGGUGACCGCAUACCAGAAUGAUAAGAUAACCCAAUUAAAAAUUGACAACAAUCCCUUUGCCAAAGGUUUUCGCGACACCGGGAAUGGAAGGAGGGAGAAAAGAAAGCAGCUGACCUUGCAGUCCAUGAGAGCUUAUGACGAGAGGCAGAAAAAGGAGAACGGCACCUCCGAUGAGUCCUCUAGCGAGCAGACCGCCUUUAAGUGCUUCGCUCAGUCCUCGUCCCCCGCCGUGUCUGCGGUGGGCACAUCCAACCUGAAAGACCUGUGCCCCAGCGAGGCGGAGAGCGACGCCGAGAGCAAAGAUGAGCAGCAGCUGCCGGAGGCCAGCGACUCUGGCAAGAUCAGCACCACCACGGCGGCGGCGGAAGACCCCCGGGAGAAGGGCGGCAGCCCGGCCAAAGCGCCCUUCUUCUCCACCGACUCGGCGGGCGGCAAGAGCAGGGAAGGCCCCAGCCGAACUGAGAAAGCCCCCCCUGACUCCCGGCACAGCCCAGCCACCAUUUCCUCCAGCACCAGAGGCCUGGGCAGCGAGGAGCUCAAAAGCCCCCUCAGGGACGCCCCGAAGGUGGAUGAGUCGCGGCUGCUGAGCAAGGACCCCUUCGCCCCGCUCACGGUUCAGACGGACAGCCCGGCGCAUCUGAGCCAGGGCCCCCUGCAGAACCUCGGCUUCCCCCACGGCUUGGCCGGCCAGCAGUUCUUCAACCCCCUGGGCAGCGGGCACCCGCUCCUCCUGCACCCUAGUCAGUUCGCCAUGGGGGGAGCCUUCUCCAGCAUGGCCGCCGGCAUGGGCCCCUUGCUGGCCACCGUGUCCGGGGCAUCGGCCGGGGUCAGCGGACUGGAAAGCACGGUGAUGGCCACAGCGGCGGCUCAAGGACUUUCUGGGGCGUCGGCAGCUGCGCUACCGUUUCAUCUCCAACAGCACGUCCUGGCCUCUCAGGGCCUGGCCAUGUCUCCCUUCGGAAGCCUCUUUCCGUACCCCUACACCUACAUGGCAGCUGCAGCCGCCGCCUCCUCCGCAGCCAGCAGCUCGGUGCACCGGCACCCUUUCCUCAGCGCGGUCCGCCCUCGAUUGAGGUACAGCCCCUACUCCAUCCCCGUGCCCCUGCCGGACAGCAGCAGCCUGCUGACCACUGCCCUGCCCACCGGGGCCAGCAGCACAGGGGAGGGCAAAUCGAGCAACCUGGCAGCUAGCCCCGCUUCAGUAGCGUUGGACUCUGGCUCGGAACUCAACAGCAGGUCCUCAACUCUCUCCUCGGGCUCCGUGUCCCUGUCGCCCAAACUCUGUUCUGAAAAGGAAGCGACCAGCGAACUGCAGAACAUCCAGCGUCUAGUGAGUGGACUUGAAUCCAAGCAAGACAGAUCCAGGAGUGGGUCUCCUUAG